CAUUUUAACCCAGGCAAAUUGGGAAUUUUUUCUCUCGUCUUCUUACAUUGACAGAGUACACAUUCAUAAGGUUCUAUGAUCAGAUUUCACAGUAUAAAAAGUGAGCCGUCGCCCGAACACUCGCCGGCUACGUGAGAGGCCCUGCUGGGGAGAUGUGUCUGCUUUACGCCUUCCUUGCUCUGCUCGCUUUCUGCUAUGGCCUCGAUCCUCGCUGUCCUGGGCGAUGCAGCUGUGACUCAGAGCACCUGGUGCAAUGCUACAGGCUAACGGAGGUACCAUCGGGCAUUCCUGCCACCACCAAGAAGCUCUACAUCAGCCAUAGCAAAAUCCAGCACCUUCAGCUAUCUAACUUUACCCAAAUGUUAGCUCUAGAAGAUUUUCUUCUGCUGGCCAGUGGCACAGAGUCAGUAGAAAACGACACUUUCAAAACUCUGAGUACUUUGAAGACCUUGGAACUCUGGAAAAAUAAGUUAAGACGGGUCCCUCGUGCUCUCCCGGCCAGCCUUGAAGUGUUAAAACUAAAUGAUAAUUCAAUAUAUGUGCUUCACGGAUCUGAUUUUGAAGGACUGAAGAAAUUAAAAAUCCUUGAACUGAAGAACAACCUGAUCUCUUCCGUCUCUCCCAGCAUGCUCUCCUCCCUUGUCCGUCUGCAGAGCUUGACGUUAGACGCCAACAACAUCGAGAAUGUGCAGGGACCGCUGGUACUUCCGCAUCUGAAACAUCUGAGCAUGGAGAACAACAAGCUGCAUCUCAUACCAGCUAGCCUCUUCACGUCCCUUCUGUCUCUGCAAUUUCUCAGUUUCAGUAGUAACUUUCUGACUAAAAUUCCUAUUAACCUGCCCAAAUCUUUGCUCUCUUUAAAAAUGGAGAGAAACCGGCUCAAAGUGGUGAGGUUUCGAGAUAUGAAACACUUGGAGAAUCUUUCCCACCUUUACCUGUCAGAAAACUCACUCUCUUCCAUCGAGGGGGCCCAACUUCUUGCCAAUUUAACCACUCUCGAGGUGUCCCAUAACCAGCUCCAGACGUUGCCCCUCCGACUGCCAGCCCGGCUACAAAAGCUGGAUAUCAGCAAUAACCUGAUUCGGAAGGUUACGGCGCAGGAUUUCCGGGACCUCCGAGAUUUGAAGCACUUGUUUCUGGACAACAACAUUGUCAGCUUGUUUGAAGCUGGAGCCCUGCAGAAGUGUUCCCAGCUCUCCAAUCUGGCCUUGGAGCAGAACCUCCUCCUGUCUAUACCUCUGCGGCUCCCGGGAACCUUAGCCAGGCUGGACCUAAAAGGCAAUGCCAUCCAGGACAUUGCUGAGAGGGAGGUCAAGGAUCUGAAGCAGCUUCAGGUUCUAAACCUCAGGAACAACAAGCUUUCCGCUUUAGACCUCAAAGCCCUGGAGGUGCUGCCUCGCCUCCGGCACCUGUAUCUGGAUGGAAAUCCGUGGAAUUGCACCUGCAGUCUCCUGAGGGCCAGGGAGGUCCUGAAGGCCAAGGGCACAGAUGUGAGGGGAGGACAGUGUGCAGCACCAGCUGAGCGACAAGGGGAGAGCUGGAUGUCUUCCAAGAAGAUCAUGAAGCAAUGUGAGCAUCACUUACGUCUGACCGAGAAAAGCAAAGAGACCAAAAAGAAACCAAAGCUGGAGGAGCACGCCAGCAUCAGAAUCAAUGUGGAUGAUGAUUAUUAUGAUUAUGAAAUAGAUUAAGGAUGAGCUUUGUUUGCAGUUUAGAAAAAGGUUUUGUUUCUUUCUUUCUUAAAAGUAGACCUCAUUUUUAGAGCAGUAUUAGGUUCAUAGCAGAAUCGAGAGCAAAGUACAGAGAUUUCCUGUAUACCCCACCCCUACACAAACAUAGCCUCCCCCAUUACAACAUGUCCCACCAGACGUGGAACAUUUAUUACAGUUGAUGAACCUGUAUCAAUGCAUCAUAAUUACCUAAAGCCCACAGUUUAUAUUGGGGUUCACUUUUGGAGUUAUACGUACUAUCAGUCAGUUCAGUCGCUCAGUCGUGUCCGACUCUUUGCGACCCCAUGGACUGCAGCACGCCAGGCCUCCCUGUCCAUCACCAACUCCCAGAGUUUACUCAAACUCAUGUCCAUUGAGUCAGUGAUGCCAUCCAACUAUCUCAUCCUCUGUCAUCCCCUUCUUCUCCCACCUUCAGUCUUUCCCAGCAUCAGGGUCUUUUCCAAUGAGUCAGUUCUUCACAUCAGGUGGCCAAAGUAUUAGAAUUUCAGCUUCAGCAUCAGUCCUUCCAAUGAACAUUCAGGACUGAUUUCUUUUAGGAUUGACUGGUUUGAUCUCCUUGCUAUCCAAGCGACUCUCAAGAGUCUUCUCCAACACCAUAGUUCAAAAGCAUCACAAAGCAUUCUUCUGUACAUACUAUGGCUUUGGACAAAUAUAUAAUGACAUGUAUUCACCAUUGUAGUAUCACACAGAGUAGUUUCACUGCCGUAAAAGUCCUCUUUGCUCCACCAAAAAAUGUUUUUUAAUGUUCAGUCUCUUAAGCAGAAAUAGAUAAUACAUUUAGAUAUGCAAGAUUUUUAAAUAAGUUUUUCUUUUUUGUUUAAUGAAUGAAAUGACAGUUAAGUUGAAAUGACAGUUAAGAUAAGUUGAGGUGGGAGGAGUAACAUAGAAAAGAUCAAUGGUCAGAAGAUGUAAAUUCCUACCAUGUUAAAAGUAAUUUGUGUUUUAUACUGAAACCUAGACAAACAGUAAUGCCCAAUAAAACCACAAUCUAAC